UAUGAUUCACGAGUCAUAUGGUGUCUCAUGUUAUUCGAAUUUAAGACACCUCUCAUUGGGACUUAAGACGAAUGCAUUGAAAUGUAUAAUUGAUGCGAACUGUAGGGUAGUCGCCGUUACGAUUGGAGCUGUAGCAUUUUUCGUUGCUAUAGUUGGACUUACUCUUUUAAUAAUGAAGAGAUGCUCACCUGGCUGUCGGUAUCUUAAAACUAACAACAGAAAUGACACUCAGAUUUUAGUUAUUGAAGGACCGGAUGGUUCUGAUGACAGUGAUUUUGACAGUCCUUAA